AGAGCAAGCCGCAGGCGGUUGUCACCUUCCCGGGGGAGCUGGUCAGCACCCUGUCGGACCUGGAGCUGGCGGAGAGUUACCUGAUGCAGUUUGGCUACACCACGGAGGCAGAGGCGAGGACGGGCGACAAGCACGUGUCCCUGGCCAAGGCACUUCGCAAGAUGCAGAAGCAGCUGGGCCUGGAGGAGACGGGGAAGCUGGAUGCUGGCACGCUGGAGGCCAUGCGAGCCCCCCGCUGUGGCGUCCCUGAUGUGGGACCCUUCCUUACCUUCGAAGGGGACCUCAAGUGGGACCACAUGGACCUGACAUACCGGGUGACAAACUACUCCCCCGACCUGGACCGUGCCGUGAUCGAUGACGCCUUCAAGCGGGCAUUCAAAGUAUGGAGUGACGUGACCCCCCUCACCUUCACCCAGAUAUACAGCGGCGAGGCAGACAUCAUGAUCAUGUUCGGCAGCCGAGAGCAUGGGGAUGGGUACCCCUUCGACGGCAAGGACGGGCUCUUGGCCCACGCCUUUCCCCCGGGCCAGGGGAUCCAGGGUGAUGCCCACUUUGACGAUGACGAGUUCUGGACGCUGGGAACCGGCUUAGGUAAGGGCAGGGCCUGGCAGGCAGACACGGCGGUGAUCGGCGGCAACUCCCAGGGGGACCCGUGCGUCUUCCCCUUCACCUUCCUGGGGCAGUCCUACAGCUCCUGCACCAGCCAGGGCCGGCAGGACGGCAAGCUCUGGUGUGCCACCACCAGCAACUACGACACUGACAAGAAGUGGGGCUUCUGCCCAGACAGAGGUUACAGCAUCUUCCUGGUGGCUGCCCACGAGUUCGGGCACUCACUGGGGCUGGACCACUCCAGUGUGCGCGAGGCCCUGAUGUACCCCAUGUACAGCUACAUCCAGGACUUCCAGCUGGACCCGGAUGACAUCCAGGGCAUCCAGUACCUCUACGGUCGUGGCUCUGGCCCCAAGCCCACCGCCCCCGUACCUGUGCCCACUGAGGAGCCCCAGCCCAUACCCACAGAGGCCGGCAGCACCUCCACCACCGAGGAGGAGGUAGAGGAGGAGACACCGGAACCCACAGCUGAGCCCGUUCCCGUGGACCCCAGCCGGGACGCCUGUGCAGAGAGGAACUUCGAUGCCAUCACGGAGAUCAACGGGGAGCUGCAUUUCUUCAAGGAUGGGAAAUACUGGACCCUCUCGUCCUUCUGGAAGUCGGGCAUCCAGGGCGCCUUCUCUGUCGCAGAUACCUGGCCCGGCCUCCCAGCUGUCAUCGACGCCGCUUUCCAGGAUGUGCUCACCAAAAGGGUCUUCUUCUUUGCUGGUCGGCAGUUCUGGGUGUUUUCUGGCAAGAGCGUGCUGGGCCCCCGGGGGAUUGAGAAGCUGGGCAUCGGGAAGGAAGCCGGCCGCAUCUCGGGGGCCCUGCAGCGAGGCCGCGGCAAAGUGCUGCUCUUCAGUGGGGAGAGCUAUUGGAGGCUGGACGGGAAGGGCCCGAGGGGGGACAAGGGGGACACC